AUGGACACGGUGGCCUUGCAGAUAAAGGACUGUGACAAAGUGAAGGUUCAGUCCCUGACCGAUUCCACUGCCCCUCUUCAGGGUCCUGGAGCCCUGGGCAGCUCCCAGCUCGGUGAGGUCCCUCACGCCCUCCUCUCUCUCCCUGCAGACAUCAAAUACAUCGAGCUGACACCGGGCAGAGCCACGGGGCCCGACGUGCCACAGGGCUCCCCUAAACUGCUGGGCACCCCCUUCUCCAGAUCCCCCCAGCCCAGCAGCUUCCUGCCCCCCAAAGGGGCUCUCGGAGGCAAAUACAGCACCAGUGACAGCGUGGUUUUCUCGAGCCCAGCCGGACCCUCAAGCCCCCGCUCGGCCGCCCUGAGCUGCGGGAAAGCAUCCGAGAGCCCCGUGGCGCCCCUGCAGUGCCCGGCAGGACACACGGACACCGUCCCCUCCAGCCCCGGGGCYCUCGGCACCUCCCCGGGCGCUGAGCACUUGCUGAAGCCCGCACACGUGUUGAGGAGCCGGCAGAGGGGCAGUUGGGUGUCCCAGCUCUCCACGAGCCCCGGUUCUGACACCAGCUACAUSCUGGGCAGCAGCACCCACUCGCUCCUCAACGAGGACUCUGACGCUUCAGCCGCCGCCUGUGCGUCCCCCAGCAGCUCCCUGGGCAGCCCCUGCUCCCCUUCCUGUGCCCUCGUGUGCCACCCCAGGGACGCUCUCGGCCAGAGCUCCCCCCAGCCCAGGGCAGGCAGCUCCCCUGGCACCAGCAUCUCCCUGAGCCAGAAAGGCCAGGCCAGCAGCUGCCCCCCGUCCAUCCUCACCUCGGCGGCCGACAUCCCGGUGCUGCUGGUCAACGGGUGCCUGGAGCAAGGAGAUGGACCCCCCCGGCUGGCCAAAGCCCCCCCGAGCUGUGGCACAGAGCCCCCCCUGCCCGGCUGCAGCCCGGCCCCGAGGCUCGGGGGUCUGAACACGGCKGUGUCGGCGCCCGCGCUCAGCUGCGCCUCGGACAGUCCCCUGAAGGCUGGACAGCCCACCAUGAAGUUCGUGAUGGACACAUCGAAAUAYUGGUUCAAGCCAAGCAUCAGCAGGGACCGAGCCAUCCAGCUGCUGCGGGACAAGGAGCCAGGCGCCUUCGUCGUGCGGGACAGCACCUCGUACCGCGGCUCCUUCGGACUGGCCAUGAAGGUGCCCGGCCCUCCGGCUGGCAGCCAGACAGGMGAGGAGGGCAGUGACCUCAUCCGGCACUUCCUCAUCGAGUCCUCCACCAAAGGCGUUCACCUGAAAGGCGCCAGCGAGACGCUGUAUUUCGGGAGCCUCUCUGCCUUCGUCUACCAGCACUCCAUCACCCCGCUGGCGCUGCCCUGCAAGCUCAGCAUCCCCACCCGAGAUCUCGCUGACGGAGAGGACAGCCCUGACUGCGCCCCCGAAUCCCCGCUGUCCCUGGCCAAGAAAAACGCAGUGUGCAACGUCCUGUACCUCAACUCGGUGAACGUGGAGACUCUGACCGGAGCCCCGGCCAUCCUGAAGGGCAUCUCCUGCACCCUGGAGAUGGAAACACCACCCACRCCCACCCUGGUGCACUUCAGGGUGACGGAGCAGGGCGUCACGCUGACCGACGUGCAGAGGAAGUUGUUUUUCAGGCGACACUACCCCUUGGCUGCCAUCAGGUUCUGUGGGAUGGAUCCUGAGAACAGAAAGUGGCAGAAGUACUGCAAAUCCUCCAGAAUCUUCGGGUUUGUGGCCAAAAACCAGCCGGACUCGCAGAACCUCUGUCACCUGUUUGCCGAGUACGACACCGUGCAGCCRGUGUCACUUGUCAUCGACCUGAUCCGCCAGCUCCUGCCCAGCCCRUAGGGACAGAACCCUGGAAUGUUCAGGGUCGGCAGCUGCCACACACUGCUGAGCUUCUCCUGUUCCCCUUCUCCCGCUUCUGGGUUGCAUUUUGGCAACAGCAAGUUAUUUAGACUGGUUUUUUUUUACGCUCCAUCAGGAGUCUCAGCUAAAGACUUUCAGUUCUGGUGGGAUGAGAUGCUCCUCCGAGCCCCUCUGUGGGGCACUGGCUGCCCGAGGGAAGGGAUGGGAGCUGUGCUCCAUGCAGAACCGCUGCCCUUCACCUGGCACUGUCUGCUCUGAAGGACCCCCCCCAAAGCUCUGGCUGGGUUCUUACCGGGUGUUCUUGGGGUGUCCGGGCUCAUGGAGCUGAGCUGAGCUGAGCUGAGCUCCCACUGUUGAGGACUCAGCCCUGACCUCUCAGUGCUCCCGGAGGGCAGGCAAUGGGGAGGAAUCGCUCCCUGAGCAGCACAAAGAGGCAGCUUUGCAAAUCCAAGUGUAUAAAAUCACUAAACUCUGCUGGAAAGCUGCUUCCCUCAAGGAGCAAGCAGCAUCCAYAGGCAGGAAUGACAGAGCAGUGAGUUUCUCCCGGUGCUGGGAAAUUCUCCUGCCCUUUUAAGCAGCGCGGGGGUUACAGGCGGGCUCGACCUCCCGGCAUUGCGGAGAGCUGGGAAAUAAACGGUGACAUUUUCAUGACAGCGAAAGAUCGCGUUUUUUGGAAAUGACUUGCCUGAAUUGGGGCCGGCUUCUCAGAUGACGUGAAUUGGCAGGGCCUGRAGGAAGCCGGUGCCGCCGGGAUCUGCAGCAGCUGAAGGGUCAGCCCGUGCUGGAGCUCGGAGCAGAAAGCAGCUCCGAGGCCACCGGGUUGUUCUCUACCUUCGUUCUCACUUGGUGUGUCUGCGUUGGUUUAAUGUUGGCCCCCGUGUUAACAAACCCUCCCAGGGGUAUUUUUAGUGAAGCAAUAGAAUAUUUAUCCCACCACAGGCACCAAGGGGAUGGCAGCAGAGACACU